AUUGGAGCCCCAUUAAAUGGAAUUGUUAUCUGGCUGCUUGGCUUCCAAAUUAAGAGAAACCCUUUCACAGUAUUGAUUCUUAAUUUAGCUAUUGCCGACUUUGGGUUUCUCAUCUUUAUGACUAUAUUGUGUAUUGACAUUUUUAUAGGUUUUAUACAGUCAGAAACUCUCCAGAUUAUCUUCUGUUCUCUCUUAAAUGUUACAUAUAUGAACGGUCUGUUUCUUCUGACAGCCAUCAGCAUUGACCGGUGCGUGGCUGUCCUUUUCCCAAUCUGGCAUCGCUGUUCCCGGCCAAAAUAUUUGUCCCCUGCUGUCUGCACCUUCCUCUGGAUCUUAUCUUUCCUCCUGACUGGAAUUAGCGGCAAUUGGAAUAUUUUAAUUGUUUCUUAUAUCCCUUAUGAUAUCUGCUUGAUCGUGACUGCUGUGCUUUGCUUUCUGUUGAUCACAAUCUCUACUGUGAUCCUAUUCAUCAAAAUAUGUCUUAAAUCAAAACAGCUCAAACGUGGAAGAAUCUUAGUGAUGACUUUAAUUACUCUUCUUUGUUUUCUUAUUCUUGCAUUCCCAUUUUAUAUCUAUGUGUUAGUUAUUCAUUUUAUUCGGAAGUGGUAUUUGCUUGAUAGUAUUCAAUUAGCGCUCAUCUUUAGUCUUUCUGCUCCUCUAAACAGCAGCGUUAACCCAGUGAUCUAUUUUCUGGUUGGGAGAAAGAAAAAAGCUCGCUCUAGGGAGAGCAUCAAGGUCAUUUUUCAAAGAGUCUUCAGAGAAGAUGAAGCUCCUGAAAUCUGAUAAAAGUUUAUAAACACAAUUUCAAACUCUCUGUAAAUGCAAAACUUCUGCUGUUCUUUAAUGCUGGUUAUCUCUUAUGAGUGCAUAGCUGUAUUUCUUGUUAUAGAAAUGAAGUAUAAUAAAGGAUUCUUUCCUCUCCAGAGGAAGUGGCCUCUGUUCCAGCUUUAAACCAUAAUUAACAAGUUAAAAUUCAUAUAUGGCUGGAAAAGAUGAUUAAAAUACAUAUAGAAUUUAAGCCAGAAUUGUUAUUAUUAUUCUUGUUGACUACAGUUCCUGAAUAUUAUAU